AUGAAUAACUCUUUAUACUUUGUAUCAUCUGAAAGACAAUCUUUUUGGAACAAAAAUUUGAAGUCUUUGGUAAAUUACGAUUUUCAUAAAUUGUCCGAAGAUUAAUAAACAAUAGUUUUAUUUAAACAAGGAUAGUUACUUAAGAGAACGACUCCAAGACGAUAUAAGAUCUAUCAUCAACACCUUUUUUAUUUUCAGGUGGUAAGUGUUUUAUAUUUUAUUAGUGAUUUAUUAAAGAAUGGUGAGAUUGGAGGCUUUCUAAUUCUCAAAAAUGUAUAUUGUUCUUUUCGAAACAAAGAAAACUUAUUAAUAAUCACAUUGUCUCAUGAUCAAUCCCAACUACAACUCUUUACUAGUAAUAGAACAGAGGAAGUUGACAACUUUAUGAAUGAAUUGAAGUUAAAUUGCAUAUAGGAAUAGACACUGACAAAUUUUUACAAAAUCAAUGAAAAAAUAGGUGAAGGAAUAACCAGUGAAGUGUUCCUAGGAAGCAAUUAAGAUAAUUAAAAAUUUGCAAUAAAAAAAGUAGCAAAAGCACAACUUGGACAUAAAAUGAGAGAUAAACAAGCCAAGAGUCUGGCUGAAGAAAUUUUCAUUAUGCGAAGUCUAGAUUAUUCUAACAUCCCAAAAUUAUAUGAAGUGUUUGAAAAUGAAGAUUACAUAGGGCUAGUAAUGACACAUUAUGAAGGUGGUCAAUUAUAGGAAAAGCUGUAAAAUCUCAAUCUAUCUCAGAAAUAACAACUGGUUAAAAACCUAUUAGAAACUAUGAAUUAUGUUCACUCUUAAUCAAUUAUGCAUAGAGAUUUGAAACCCCAAAAUAUUAUGUAUAAAAAUAAGGAUCCAACAAGUGUAGACAUUGCCAUCAUUGAUUUUGGAUUCGCUACAAAUUAAAAAUACUAAGAGCAUGUACUUUAUAAUUGUGGUACUCCUGGUUAUGCAGCACCUGAAGUAUAAGAAUAUAAAGAAAAAUAAAAAAUGUAUGCAACCUAAUGUGAUGUUUACAGUUUGGGAAUCAUCAUUUAUGAAAUGUAAUCUUACUUAUAAUCUAGCUUCUUUGGUGUUCAUCCCUUUAGAAACUCUAAUCCUGGAAGUCUUACUUUCAAUGAAAAAGUAAAGGUUCCACAAUCUCUUAAGAAUCUCUUAAUUUAAAUGACAAGAAUCUAACCUAAAUAAAGAUUUACAUUGAAAGAAUGUUUAGAUUAAGAUUUUUUUCGUGAGAAUUUUGAUUCUUAGGGUCUGGAUGGGCUGUCUAAAUACAGUUUGGUUGAUUCAAUCUAUUAAAAAUCUUUCAUUAUUUAAAGAAAGAAUUCUAUUGAGCAUUCUAUAAAAUAAGAGAAAAUGAGUAAAUUGGAAUCUGCCAAAAAUAAAACGAUUAAUUCUACUGCAGCAGAAUCUAAGAAUAUAUUACUAAAGAGUUAAAAUCAAUAUGAUCAAUAAUUCCAAGAUGAUCUCUAAUUUAAUGAAUAUCAUAAUUACCCAAAUGACUUUAAUAAUCUUCUCUAGAAAAGAAUAUGA